CAUGAUAGUUCCUUUAUUAAAUCUCCAUAUGAAAUCUCUUGGAGCGAGCCCAAGCACUGCUGGAAUUGUAGCUCCUUUGUGGUGUGUUUUCUGUCGACCCUUUCAAGUUUGUUCAUUCACUGUUGUCACUUUCACAAUACGUGCAGUCUUAUUUGAAAUAUUGUAUGUUUCACAUUUUUACUUUAGGAUCUCUUUAUGGUGCUCUCCAGCUCUUUUCCAGCACAGUUGUGGGCUGCUGGAGUGAUGUUUCAGGACGACAGCAUUCCCUGCUGGUGUGUAUCCUGUUCAGUGCCCUGGGCUAUUUUCUCCUGGGCCUAUCUACCAGUAUAAUCUUAGUGGCCAUCUCUAGGAUCCCUGUGGGCAUUUUCAAACACACUCUCUCCAUCUCCAGAGCCCUGCUUUCAGAUCUGGUUUCUGAAAGAGAACGCCCCUUGAUCAUAGGGCGGUUUAAUGCGGCCUCAAGCAUGGGCUUCAUCCUGGGACCUGUGGUCGGUGGAUACCUUACUGAGCUAGAGGGAGGAUUUUACCUAACGUCCUUCAUCUGUUUUUCCAUUUUCAUUCUGAAUGCCGGGCUCGUCUGGAUAUCUCCAUGGAGUGAAGCUGAUCUGGGCUAUGCCAAGAAGGGUCUGCAAACCAGCAACACCCAGAUGCAGAUGGUUGCGGAAAAGGCGAAGUGCCAACAGCAGGUUUCUCCGGUGCCUACCGAGCCCACUCCUUGUCCAAGCCCAUGGGCUCAAGCAACAUCCAUUUUGAGGAACACCAAGACCUUGGUUUUCUCUGAGAUGUGGGACAUCUUCCUCAUGCGCUUGCUGAUGUCCGUGGUGGUCAUGUUGUACCACAGCAAUUUUGUUCUGGCCAUUGAGGAACGAUUUGGGGUCAAACCCAAGGUGACUGGCUACCUCAUAAGUUACCGCAGUGCCCUGGGAGCCCUUGCCGGUUUCACCCUGGGCCCGGUGACACGACUCUACAAGCAGGACAUGUAUGCCAUCCUGCUCCAUUCCAGCAUGCUCACAUCCGGGCUGCUGCUGCUGUACUCGACCACAGUCAGCAUUUGGGGCGUAGUUUUUGCCUCUACCGUCUUGGCUUUCUCAACCGCGAUAGGCAGGACCUGCAUCACAGACCUACAGCUGGCCGUCGGAGGGCCCCAAGCCAGCGGCACCCUGAUUGGCGUGGGCCAGUCCGUGACGGCCAUCGGCCGCAUAGUCACCCCGCUCCUCUCGGGAAUCGCCCAAGAGUUCAGUCCUCGUGGUCCUCCUGGUCUGGGCGUAGCGCUAGCGUUCGUCGCCAUCCUGGUAAUGGUGGCCAACAGACCCCGCUACGGGGCCAAGGUGAAACGGGAUUAGAGCCGGUUCCAUUGGGACCGCCAUGUGCGGGAGUAAGAGAAACACACGGGAAACCAGGGCUCCGUAGGUGCUCUAGGAAUAGAUGGUCCAUUGGAGAGUGUAGUGCCUCGCUCGGUUUCCCACUGGGCCCCGAGGGCUCUGCUGAGUUGAUUGCAGUGGGGUCAGAAGUCAAAGCAAGAAUGUUGAUGAUUGGAGUUAAGACUUCUUCCAGAAAAGCCAGGAUGAGAUCAGGAUCAGGAUCAGCCUAGAAAAUUUUUCCUUCCAUGCAUGCUGCUGAGGUUGAAAUUUUACCAGGAAAUAAGAUCCCGGUAAACGGGGGUGGCUGUAGAAGAAUUGGAUUCUCCGUGUGGAGUGGAGAAAGGAAUAGACCACUGAUGGGACAUAAGUUGCACUUUAAUAGAGCUUCGAGUGGCUGGGACAGAUUGGUAAAUCACAGGUCCCACCCAAAAGAACAAUACAGUGAACGGUUUUGUCUGGGGAAUCGGGUGCUGGUUUCAGAAAUGCCUUGUCUGCUUGGGAAUCACAGAAGUUGAAGUAGCUUCUGCUUGGACCAAAUGUCAUUUUGUCUAGGUACAAAAAUGUUUUUGAAAAAAACGAUUAAUUGAAUCUUGUCAGCUAAAGAUAUGUAUUUUUGAUCCUUGAUUGAAUUUGUACUGAGUGCAGAGCACUGUGCUGAGCUCUUGGGAGAGUACACCGGCAGCAAAGCACACAUUCCCUGCAACUUAAAAGUUAAGGGGGAGGCUGACAGGAAAAAAAUUACAUACACAUAGGAUUGGGAAAAUGAGAGGGAUUUUCAGGCUGAAGGACCAAAGGCGAGCAUGUCGUCAGAGAUGGGAGAGUCAAAAGUGAGGUAGAUUUAGAAGGUGAGAUCAGGAGGAGCAAAGAUUGCAUGCAAAGAACCAGUAUGUAAAAUGAGAAUGUUUUGAAGUUGUCCACCAGUUUCUGUUUCAUGCCAAGGGGAAAUAGGUAGCCAACUGGAGGGUUUGAAGGUGGGGAAUGAUGUGUGCCGAGUAAUGUUUUAGGAAGGUUAUCCAGGCAACAAUGUUUAUUCAUUAUUGUUGGAGCAGGGAGAGGCUGGAGGCAGGGAGGUCAUUGAGGAGGCUGGUGUUCAUUAAGUAGUCUAGCCAUAAAUAUGAGAGCUUAAAAUGAGGUAGUUUGGAGGAAGAGGAAUGAGCUGAAUCUAGUAAAUAUUUUUUGAGCCAUACUGGGAGAAUUUAGCAUCAGUAGAAUGAGGGAGAAGGUGUGAUGAGGAUCAAAGAUGACAGCAAAGGUGCAGAUUUGCACAGUAAUGCUUAAUUGUUUUUCGACUUUUAACAAUGCCGAUACAAAGAGUAAAGAUUAUAGAAGCCUUUCCCGACUUUGACACUGGUAUCUCAUUUCCUAUUUGCAAGACUUCCACAUUUACAUUUAUAGUCCUGUAGGCUGUAAGUGCCUUGUUGGCGGAGAACAUGUCUACCAACUCUGUUAUACUCUCCCAAGCACUUAAUGCGGUGCUCUGCACACAGUAAGCGCUCUUGAAAUAUGAUUGAGUACAAAGUAGGUGGGAGAUAAUAGGCUUUAAAUCCAAUCAAUCCCAAUGGAAAGAGAAAUCUAUUGAGUUUGUUUGUUUCCAGUAAUAAAGAACAAUGUGGGGACUGUAGGCUAGCGCAGAGUUCUGGAGUCAGAUGAAACUUUGUCCAGGGGUUAUUCACCCUGCCUGAGACAGGAGAACUUCAGGAUUGAGUUCCAUAAACCUUGUAACAUGCUCAUCUCCCACUUGGGACCGACUGCCUGUAUUCACAUACUUUUUAAGGCCCAGGAAGAAUCUAUUUGCAUAUCUUCCCAAUCAAUCUGCCAAUCAGUGGUAUUGAGCACUUUUUUUAUUUAUUAAGUGCUUACUAUGUGCAAAGCACUGUUCUAAGUGCUG